CCCCCGGGAGCCGCGCAGGCGCCUCGGUGGGGUCCCGCGAUGGACGUAGUGGGGGCGGAGGCGUUCGAGCGGCGCCUGCCGGAGCUGCGGGACCGUGUCCGCAGCGCCGCCUUCCUGGCCCUUGAUCUGGAAUUUACUGGCUUGCAUUCAGAUUUCCCACCAAAUAACAAGCCCAGCCUGUUUGAUUCUGCUGCGAAGCGAUACCUGAAAGAGAGACAAAGCGUUCAGCGCUUCACCGUUGCUCAGCUUGGGCUGGCAACAUUCACAAAUGAAAAUUCAAACAAGUAUGUGGUGCAUUCAUACAACUUUUUUCUCUUUCCCUCAACACUGGGAGGUGCAGAUGUCGAAUUCACCCUCUCUGCAUCUAGCAUUCAGUUCCUGUCUGAUUAUGGCUUUGACUAUAAUAAGUUCCUCAAAGAUGGAAUCCCAUACAUGAAUGAGGUACAGGAGGAGAACUUUAGCAAGCAUCUCUUCGUGGGUAGCUGGAAAGCCAGCAGUGCUGUGGACAGGGAUGUACUGAAGAAGGCUAUUGAUGAAGUGACUCGUUGGAUAGUUGCAGCAAAGGAAGAGGAGACUAUGAUCCUGCAGGAUCUGAGCGGCUACCAGGUGUUUGAAGUUCAGCUGGUUCUGAGACGGGCUCUCCAAAAUGUUUGGACAGAGCCUCUUGGGGACAAGAAGGUACUGGUGAAAAAAGUGAGUCCUUGUAAUCGACAGCUUCUGGAGAACUCUCCUUAUGACUGCUGCCAGAAGAAGCACAUUCUUCUGUCUGCCCGGGGCUUCACCAACCUCUUCCAGACAAUUGUUGAAGCCAAGAAGCCCGUGGUGGGACACAACAUGUUUAUGGACCUUAUGCAUCUUCAUGACAAGUUCUACAAGCCCCUCCCAGAAAGCUAUGAGGAGUUUAAAAGGAACGUUCACAACCUGUUUCCUGUCCUCAUAGACACCAAGACUGUAACAAAAUCCCUCUGGGAGACAUGUCCGUUUCCUCCAGUAUCUAAUCUUACGGAGGUGUAUGCAGCUUUGUGCAGCAGCAGCCUAAAUUCCAAAGAUCCAACGUGCCCAGUGAUAGCUCUUGCAAGUGACUGCUCAAGAUAUGCUGAGAAGGAAUUGCCUCAUGAGGCAGGCUAUGAUGCAUUUCUCUGCGGUUCAGUUCUUCUGAAGUCAGCUUAUUUGCUACUGUGCAGAUCCACGGACGAUGCAGUGGAGGCUGAUCCUUCUUUCUCUCAGUAUCUCACCGUGUUAGCCGAGUAUCUGAACAAAGUGAAUUUCAUCCGAGGUGGUGUUUCCAGCAUUAAUUUUUCUGGAGAAGAUGCUCCCUGCCAAUAUCCUCCUCUCUUGGUUGUCCGUGUCCAAGGCUGGCCAGGUGUGAAUGAAGAGCAGAUUUACCAAGAGUUUAAAGCUCUCUGUCGCUUCGAUGUCAGAAGGCUUUCAACCAACCAGUUCAUUCUGCUCUCCAAUAAAUUUAAGCAAGUCAGGCUUGUUCUGCAAGAUUAUAAGCAUCACCCUCAUCUGCGGGUUUCUGUGUAUCGCCGCUGGAGGCACUCUCCGGGUGUGAACUGCCUGCUGCAAGUCUCUGGUAUUGUGGCACUGUGGUCUCUCUUGGCCUUUGUAUUCGGAAGAGCUCCUUGCUGUUCUUUGUAAAGGACCACGGUGCAGCUGAGACAUGAGGAACACAGUUCGUUUUGGUUUUGUCUCUGUUUUGUUUUGUAUUGUUUCGUUUCAUUCAGUAAACUAUGAGGAAAAAAAAAAAAGCUAUGAAUAGUGUUUUUAACUUUACUUUCUUGGAAAUGUGUAUUUAAAGGGGGUGUGUUGGUUUCCAGUUUGUGAUAUUUUGUAAUCUGUUCAAAGCAUAGUCCCCUCUUGAAGAGGGAGAGAUGGUUCUCUCAGUGCCUGAUUUACUUUUGAUCCUCUGUUCGUUCUUCACAGCUAUUCAUAACCCCAGUUUGCUCCCAGUACUUAUGCUGCUGUAUAAAACACAUUUCUGAUGAACUUCAGAAAGUUAUGAAAUCAAAGAGGCUAUUUUUAGUCUCACUUGUAAAGAGGGGAAAUGUCACUGUUUACCAGAUGAAAAUGGGCAGAGUUGAUGGACAGACCACUGUUGGGACUCAUGAAGGAUACUGGGGAAUAGUAAAUAAUUUGCAGUACUCUCAAUGUCAUGCAGUGGUAAUUUCAGUGGCAACAGAGCUGAGGAGAGACACAGAUAAAUGGAAUUUAUCAGCGUCAGUAUACACAAGUCAGACAAGAGACACUUGGAACAUGACUGUGUAUGCAGAAUGAGAGGGGCUCAGGCCAAAUGCACGGGUGCUGUGUGGGGAACAGGACCCUCUGCACUUCGCUGUCAGCUGUCAAAAGGAAGGACCGGAAUUGUACCCAGUGGAGAAAACCAUGCCCAGCGCUGUGAUAGCCGAGAAGCUUCCCUGAAACAGAAACCAGAGGAUGAUACCAUUCCUACUGAAUCCCAAAGAUGCGGUGGGAAGCACUCACCUGACAAAGACUGCCUUCAGAAAUAACGUGCUGUCUUCUAAGCCCUUGGAUUUGGUCUUGUUACACUUUGCAAGGUCUGUAAUGGGCGACAGCGCAGUGUUGCACCCUGUCAUGGUGUCACUUAAAGUAUGAGCUCUUUUCCGUCAGCAAAUGGGGUUAUUCUGCCAUCAGUUUGCAUUACUGAGGCCAAUGGAAAAAUAUCAGCAUCUUCUCAUCAAAUAGCUUAGAAAUUCAUAGGUAUUAUAAUUCAAAGAGGUUACAAAGAACUUAAUUUCUCAUGUGUCCGAUGUUUUAGGAGGAGAAUAGUACCUUCGAAUGCUGCUUUAAUAAAGCAAAAUGACUUCACCAAAGGAGAGAUAUGUUCAUCAAAAAAAAACAGAGUUAAAGCCAAUACACAUUUUGUACUGCAUAUUCUAUGACAGCUGUUUUACUGAGUGAUUCCCAGUUCACCGUUACAGCAGGGUUACAAAAAGCUCAGGCAAAAAAAAGGGGACAAAAAAUACUUUCUUGCAGAGAUAAAUCUGCUCAUUGAAGAGGACUUCUGCAAAAGUUAGAAAUAAAAGUCUCCUAGUUGUGUAAACCUCCAAGCUGACAGUAUUGAGCUGAUGGCAUAGCAGAGAUUCUGAUUUAAAUAGCACUGCAUGCAAAGAUAUAACUAGAAAAAAAGAAAAGAUCUUACUUUUGUGUAUAAGUAUUAGGAAUCCAGAGCCCCAAAUCAGUGAAGAAUGCUUCUUCUCUUGUGAUAAAGACCCAGCAAAUGUGACCAUGUUAGCGAAUUGUCUGUAUUAAAUAUGCUUGGUCACCUACUAAGUACUUUUCAUGGAAACCAGUCUGAUAAAAUCGUAACUAUCAUCAAAGAAAAAAAUCACCACAGCUAAGGUCUUGUUUAUGGAACUAAAAGGUUUGUAAAUUUUUAGAGCACACAACGUCAUCAAUCAAAAUUAUUUGUGUCACUCUGCGUUAAAAAAGUAAUUAAUAGUUUGUAUUAAUCCAUAAAUAUACACAGUAUAUAUACAUAACUCACAGUAUCACGUUAUCUUGCAGCUUUUGCUGUCUAGUGUAGUUUGCCCAUGUUUCUAUAGGCUUGGGAAAAAACUACCAGCUUUAAAGUACCGAGAAUCUUUUACCCUGUUUAUGAUAAUAACAGCCAAUAAUAUUCAGUGCUUUGUGGGACGAGGGCCUAUAUUUUUCACAAGUCAUGAACUUCACUAUAAUUUAUCUCCAAGGAUCUAACUAGGCAUGCAACGCUGACCACUCCAGCUCUGGUGUGCUGCUUUCAAUCGUUUUCUGUAUCCAACAGAUAAGGGGAGAGCCUGUUGGUGCCGUAGGUUUACCCUGAGACACAGCCCCAAUGUCUGUUGUGAGGACGGGCUGGGGACUCAGCCCUGUCACUGUGACCUUCCCCAGUGUGUCCUGCGUUAUCUACUGUCAACAAAGGCGAAGCACUGCCUUACCAAUCUGCUUUUAGACAGCUAACAGCAAAUGACCGCAAGUAUUUUAAAAGUGUAUAAAACCCUACCAUUGCUCUUUAAAAACAAGACUAUGAAAACUGGGGGCGAGGGGGUGGAAUUACAUUUGGGAUGAAAUCUUUAUUCUGGUCCAUUUAAUCUCCAAGUUUUGAAUGAAAUGGCAAAACGCCUUUAGGCUGUUUAAGCACC